AACCUCCCAAAUGUUGCUAUCAAAUGUACAAAAAAAUUAUCCAAGCGCAUGGGCAAUUUUGUCUUUGCGAUAAGUUUGUAGCAUCUUAUUUAAUGCCUGGCCUUUGUAUUUACUGGGACCAUGCAUUUCCAGUUCAGCCUGCCCUACAGCUGCAGCUAGUCAGAAAGUCUGCUCAUCUGCCAGCAGCCACUGACUACCUGAGCCAUUGCUGCCAAUGCACUACUGCAGCUACUAAAUACUUGGCGAUCCAUUACCAAUGCCAUGGCCUGCUCUUAGCUCCAACUAGCCUCGGUGAUUUUUGUUUUCUGCUGGCCAAGAUGACGAAGAAGAGUGGUUAUGGGAGGGCUACGUGUGAUGCUCACCAUGACCAAUCCAAGAUCACGGGAGAAGCAAAUCAGCAAAAGAAGCAUGGGCAGAGCAACAGUUCAUCAGGGUACCAAACUCCUGCGACUGCGAAGAGGAAGACGUGGAGGAAGUACCUGACGUUCCUGUCGAUGUUCCACAACAAGAUGAAGCACAAAAAGUCGGAUACCAAGGCACCAACCGGCCUCAAGCAGAGGAGGAAGAACCCGAAGCGCUCGCCCAGUCCAGUGCUCCAAGAAUGCAGCAACCUUGUCCGCGUUAUCCAGCGGACGGCGGCAGAUUGCUUCGCGGCGGCGGCCGGCGGUGGUGAUGAAGACGAGCUGCCAUGUUACAUGCAGCUUGACCAGGUGAGCUACGGCGUGAAGAGGGAGGCCUUCGGACCGAUCUACCUCGUCACAUGAUAUUUGGUGGUCUCAGUGCUAACUGCUUCACUGCUUCGUCGUUCAGAUGCCAUGGUAAUCUUCUAGCUUGCCAAGCAAAACAAAGGUACCGUCGAGCAAUUGAGUGAUCUCCUGAUUGAACCGGGAGUCAUUCCUUUGUCAAUUCUUGCUCGACAUUGUUUUUCAUUCUGGCUACUCGUGUUGAUCUUCCAUUCUGCUGGGAAACUAGGCUGGCCUUGCUCACUUUGCCUACUUUCAUGUGACAAAUGCUCCGUCUAUUCACAUGCA